AGGUCAGGGAGUCCUUGCCGGUGUAAGGGUUCUGCAUGGGCCAAAAAAACCUGUCCGCGGCCGGUCUCGAACAUGGCCGCAUCGCCUGUCACCUGUCAGCGGGCUCUAGACCCUCGUGAUGUAAUGUAGCCCAGGUAAAAAUCACGCGCCAUUUUUCCACCUUACAUUUUUGAUUCACUACAUACUUCCACCACCUCACGCAGACCUCAUUUACACCGAUAAUAUCCAUGUCUACGAGCCCCAAGAAACCCUCGAUAUCGGGUAUGAAAUUGAGCAUGCCUCAAUAUACACCCGAGCUCGAAUACACCAUUAACCUCGGCGCCGAGUCCUCCGAAUCCCGUCCUAUCACGCCUGUCCCCCAGUUCCGCGAGGUGACGCGGAAACGCAAUUGGCGCUCAUCGAGUCAUGAGCGGGACCAGACGCACGGGUCUAGCGCCUACGACAAGGAAGGGCACUGGAAGGUGGCAGAGCGGGGAAGACUCGAGGCCUUGCGGGACUGUGGAAUUUGCGAGGAAGUGGCAACCGAGCCUCUGGUGACCGAUUGCUGCGGGGCGCUGUUUUGCCGAGAGCAUAUCAACGACUGGCUCUAUGGUCCUGCUUCAUCACCACUCUGUCCCUCGUGCCAGAAGACCUGCAUGGUCCCCGCCAUCGACUCAGCUUCGUCAUCCUCUUCACUGGCAUCACACUCCGCAGACCGUAACCGCACCCUCUCGCGCUCGCGCUCGUCCUCACCACCUGUUACGAUUGAGUCUCCUGCCACUCGUCGUUUUGCGCGAAUGGAGUACGACAGCAUUGUCCGCCUGAUCAGCAUUGCCGUCAGUGCGCUUCUGUUGCUCGGCGUAUUGAGCCGACGUGGGCUGGAUGGCAACACUGACGGGUUAGCGACGACGUAUCAGUCCGGUGAUCCCAGCCUGUGAAGAUGAAUGUCAUGGGGCUUUUCUCCGAAUACCUCAUCCGUACUUCAACGUGCGGUGUUAUUUCGUUCUCUUUUCUCUGCGUCUCCCACAUGUGUAGUAACUGUCGUGUCUAUAUUGUAUCCAUUAGCGAUUUCAUUUUCAUCGCCUCUCCCCGGCGUGGGUUUGGGCAUGUCGGGGAGUCGGUCAGCAGCCCGGUGUCACAUUUCAUGGUAGUUUUGUUCUACCCAAUACUCGUAUCUAUGACCUUGAAAUGCGGUUGGAGUCGUAA